AUGAACGGCCGCAAUGGCACCCUCUCGCCCGUCUCGACCGACAGCCAGGACUGGUCUCCCAUCACCCGCUACCAGAACAUCACCGGCGACAACCCGUACUCGCCCACGCUGCCGCCCAGCAACCGCGGCAUCACCCCGCCCACCUCCGUCCACAGCAGCACCAACACCACCGAUGGCGGCAUGCCCAAUGGCAUGCCCAUGUCGCGCUCCAACGGCAAUCCCUCGCCGCCCAGCUCCGUGGGGCGCUCCAGCGACGGCACCGGCCUGUACGCCCAGAGCGUCAGCGACGCAAACAUGAGCAGCCGCAAGAUGAUGGUGCUGGAGGAGACGCUCGCCGAGCACUUCCGCGUCUUGAAGGCCUAUCUGGGGCCCUAUCUCAACGACGAGAAGGGGAAUCCGCGCCCGAGCAGGGCCAAGGACAAGCUCACGCGCUUGUCGGCCGUGCAGUUCCAGGAGCUGAGCACUGACGUGUACGACGAGUCGCUGCGGCGGGAGCAGGACCGCAAGCGCGGCGGGCCAGGCGCUCCAGGAAACGACACCCCCAAGUUCCUCCUGCCCAAGAACAACUUCCACCCGAAGCGCAACCAGGCGCGGCAGAAGCUGUCGACGCUGCCCCUCGAGCGGUUCCGCCAGCUCGCGACCGAUGUCUUUUACGAGCUGGAACGGCGCUUCCCGCGCUUUACAGGCGCGGAUAUCCCGCGAACAGGCAGUCCCGCGGGCAGCAUCAUGAGCCAGACCAGCAGAGGGCCGCCGAGUCGGGUGGGCACGCCGAACAGCAUGCGCGGGGGCCGCCCGCCGCCGGGAGGAUUCCGCAAUGGACCGCCGCCGCCUGGACCGCCAGCCCCGCCCGGUGCUCUCAGGCCCGGCUCGCAGACGAACGAAUUCGGGCGCCCGCUCCCUAAGACAUUCCAGCAGAACACGAUUGUGCCGAACAAAGGGACCAUGGUGGAGGACGACGACGAUGACAGCGCAGCGGACGAUGACGACGCUUUUAAUCUCGAGGGUGCGGCGGCUCGGCGCCAGACGAACAAGAGUGCAAAGAGCGUGAGCCUGGCGCAGGAGAAGAUGGUUACAGACCUACAAAACCACGUGUCAGAGCUGCAGGGCAAAGUCGGCUCAUUAGAAGGGACCCUGCGAGACAAAGACGAGGAGCUGCAAAGGCUGAAGGAUGCGGAUAGAAUGCGGGAUAGCAAUUCCGCCACCCAGCGCGCUGAAUGGGACGACCUCCGCUAUUCCCUCGAGGAAAAGGUUGAGAAGGCCGAGACUCUCAACUCGUCCCUCCGCUCCGAGAUCGACAGGCUACGCACCGAAAAUGCCGACGUUGAGCGCAACCUGCGGGCUCAGAUAGCCGAUCUUGAAGCAACUCCUCGCCAGCAAGCAUACGAUAGCGGAGACGGUGAAUGGAGGCAUCGGUGCGAGGAGCUGGAGCGGGAGUUGAAUGAACAGCAGCAGAUCACGGAGGAGGUCCGCAGAGAUGCGAAGACGUUCUUGCAGGAGAUGAGGGAGCUGUCGUCCCGCAGCGACGCUGCUCUGGAAAAGGAGGAAAGGCUUGCCCACCAGGUAUCGUCGCUAGAGGCAGAGCUCAAGGACUGGAAAUCUCGGUAUGCUCGCGCCAAGACGCAGCUCCGCAACCUGAAGGCCUCCUCCAUCGGUCUGUCUUCGCUCGCGUCACCCGAUAUCAGCAACUAUACUCGCGACGCUAGCUUUACCACCCCAGACGGAGCAGUGAAAGAUGUGCAUGUCACGAAAUUCCAGCUCAGCAUCGACGAGCUACUCCAGGUGGCGCGGAGAUCCGACCCCGAACAAAUCCUCGAAAGCAUGAGGCACGUGGUCAAAUGUGUCCGCGCAAUCACCGGAGACAUCGACAAUACGCCUCUUUCGCAGCUCCAAUCACCAAGCAGCAGCGUCAACGGUGAUGUGGCAAGCCCCGAGAAACAGCAAGCGAAGCUCAAGUCUCGGGUCAGCGCAACCGCCAACAAUCUCAUCACCGCCAGCAAGAACCACGCAUCUUCUGGCGGACUCUCUCCUGUCAGCCUCCUGGACGCCGCCACCAGCCAUCUUUCUACCGCAGUUGUGGAGCUCGUCAAGCAUGUCAAGGUGCGGCCCACUCCGGAGGACGAGCUCGAGCGCGACGAGGACGAUGACAGGCCAAUGCCCUUGAAGCCGAAUCCCUAUUCCGCCUACAGCCCGUACACCCCCAACAGUAUCAAUGGCAAUGGCAACGGUGUCGGUCUGGGCCUUGGUCACCAGCGCCAUCGCAGCAAAGGGGGCAGCAGUGCUUCCACAACCUAUAGCAGCUACAGCUCUCCGUACAGCGGCUAUGACCGCCAGAGCUCUGGGAUGAAUGGCAUGGGCUUCGAGAAGGACACUGGCAUGACUGAGUUCAAGAAUUACCUCGAGGACCAGACGGCUCUCCUCGUUCAGAGCAUCCAGCCCCUUGUCAACAUGAUCCGUUCUUCGCCAAUUUCUACCCCCGCGGACGAGCAGCAGAUCUCCGACUAUAUUCAAGACAUUUCGCGUGCUGUGCAGGACACCGGAACCCGGACCUACGAUGCCGUCAAAGAGCUUUCAAACCCGGCGCUCAAGAAGCACGCGAUUCCUGUCGUAGAAGUCCUUGAAGACUGCAGGCAAAACAUGCUAGCGGUGGAUGUGAGAGACGGUGGACGAGAGAGAAUACCACCGUUAGCUUUCAAGACUGCAAGAGCUCUAAAGGAACUCGUCCUCCGCGUCGAUCGCAUCGAGACUGGCGAGCUCACCGUCGACCAGAUGCUCAAGAACGACUUUUAA